AUGGCGACCAAAGUAGCGCCAGCAAACGCAAAGCCUCCGGGCUCCAAGUCAAGCAACCCCCCCAACCAAACGCUUUACUGUACGAAUCUUCCGGAUAAGCUUCAGAAAGACGAUUUGCGACUUUCGCUCUACACGCUAUUCUCCACAUACGGCCCUGUCUUAGACGUGGUCGCGCUCAAGACGAUGAAAAUGCGUGGUCAAGCGCACAUUGUAUUCCGUGACAUUCAAGCCAGUACACAGGCCAUGAGAGCGCUGCAGGGUUUUAACUUUUAUGGAAAAGAUAUGAGAAUCGAUUACGCCAAAGGAAAGUCUGAUACAAUCGCCAAAUUGGACGGCACAUUCAAGAUGCCCGAAGUUGCUGCAGGGGCCAGUGCCACCUCAACCACCGCGUUGCAGCAAUCUAUUUUCAACGCUCCGCCCUCGGCGAUCGCACCUCCUCCUAAUACUGCUGCUGCUGCUGCCGCUGCCGCUGCCGCUCCCCAACCAAACGGCACUCAGCUGGAUGGAGAAAAGAGUCCUGCUCAGGGUGUUAAACGAAGAAGAGAUGAGGAGAGCGAUGAGGAGGAAGCUCCCAUGGACGAGGAAGAUGACGAAGGCGACGUGCCCAUGGAGGCAUCAUCGGACGAGGAGUGA